GCGACUUCCGCCAUCCGGGUACAAGGCGCUGAACCAGCGUCGCUAGCCCGCGGCAUCGCGGUUGUCAAUCACGGUCUCCGCGCGCCGCGGUCCCGCCUUCAACAUGCGUGCUGCAGCCUGGCUGGUCGCCCUCAUCAUCCUACCGCGGAUCCUCGCGCUGCCGGCGGCGCAGGAGCAGAGCUCGGGUGAUGUCAUCCCCGUCAGCAUUGUCUGCCAUGACCUGGAGACCCUGCAGGUGACGUGGCACCCUGACCCCCUCACCGGGCAGAACCUGAGCCUAGACUUCCGCUAUGGAGACCAUGCCCUGCGUUCCUGCCCACGCUACUUCCUGCUUGGCGGAUUCACUUCCGGGUGCAUCUUCCCGGUGGGGACAGGACUGCUGGAGGUCACGCUGCGCAAUGGAAGUGGGGCCACAGUGUUCUCUAGGAGGCGUCGCGCAUCUGCCUGGCUGAAGCCCCGCCCACCCUGGAAUGUGACAUUCCUCUGGACACCGGAAGCAGUCACUGUCUCCUGCCCCGCCCACUCUUACCCUGGCCUGGACUAUGAGGUGCAGCACCGUGACCCGUUUGAUGAAGACUGGCAGAUGACCUCCGAGCCGCAAUGCAACGUGACGGUGGGUGGGCUCGACCCUGGGCGCUGCUAUGACUUCCGGGUCCGGGCAGCACCCCGGGGUUUGCACUAUGGCCUGGAGGCGCAGCCGAGCGACUGGACCAGUGUGACUCACUGGCGAGGGGCAGCGCCCGCAGCCUCCUGUGACACAGGCCACGACUCGCCCCCCUCCUCCCCACUCCCCCUUGCUUGCGGCCUGGCUACCCUACUGACUCUGGCCUUGCUCCUCGCCAUGCUGUGGCUGCGCAGGGUGAAGGAUGCACUGCUGCCCUGUGUGCCUGACCCCAGCGGCUCCUUCCCUGGCCUCUUUGAGAAGCAUCAUGGGAACUUCCAGGCCUGGAUCUCAGACUCGCAGUCUGCAGCUCUGGCGAAGCCUGAAGAGGACCAUGACGUCAUCCUGCCCAGGGGGAAGUGGGCGGAGCCUGAGGACCACCCUGCCCCAGGAGAAUGGGGGGGCGGAGCCCUGGUGUCAGUGGGCGGUGCUACGUUCAGGCUGGAUGGCAGCGGGUACAUGACCCUGUGAUCUUCGCCUCUGCCACCAUGAUGGAUGAACAGUGCGGCUGUGGUGGGGUCUCUUCUUGUGUCACCUCCUGUGUUACUUCCCCUAAACAGGAAACAGAACCGAG